AUGCAGUCUUUCGCGAAGUUGUUGCUCCUCUUUGGGCUCUUGGCCCUGGCUUCUGCCUCCCCGGUUAGAAUCCAAAAACGAGGUGUAUACAAGGUUGAACGAGUUCCGAACCCGAACUAUACUGGUCGUAAUGGUCCUCGAGCUCUAUUAAAGACACUCCGGAAAUAUAGGAUGCCUAUACCGGCAUCCGUUGCAGGCGCUGCUCAGCAACAGACUGAGAUGAUCUCAAAGAGAGAACCUAAGAGAGGAAAAGGUCACCGUCAAAAGGGUCAGAAUGGAGGUGCAGCCGCAGGUGGCCAGGCUGCCGGGUCCGCUGCUAACGGAACCGGUCUCGUGACGACAACCCCUGAGGCUAACGAUGUUGAGUAUUUGUCUCCUGUCACCAUUGGUGGACAAACUUUGAACCUCGAUUUCGACUCCGGCUCGUCCGAUCUAUGGGUUUUCAACAGUCAGCUUAGCACAGCCGCGACUCAGGGCCACACUAUCUAUGACCCAACUCAAUCCAAGACGUUUGCUCUCAUGCAAGGUGCCUCAUUCGAAAUUUCUUACGGUGACGGCUCGGGUGCUGCGGGCAACGUCGGCACUGAUACUGUGGACAUUGGCGGCGCUACCGUUACCAAGCAAGCAAUAGAGUUGGCCACCGCUGUCUCCCGAUCUUUUGUCGAGGACACCAACAACAACGGCCUACUCGGUCUCGCAUUCAGUCAACUUAACACUGUUCAGCCAGCUCAACAGAAGACGUUCUUCGACAACGUAAAGUCGUCACUCGCCGAACCCCUUUUCACUGCCGAUCUCCGCGCGCAAGCAGCUGGCGCAUACGAGUUCGGGCGUGUGGAUACGAGCAAGUUCACAGGUGCCAUGACAUGGGUUCCCGUCAAUACAACAGAUGGUUUCUGGCAAUUCACGAGCGAGAAAUUCGCAGUCGACGGUGGAACUCCCCAGACUUCUACGGCCGGCGCACAGGCGAUUGCCGACACCGGUACCACUCUCCUUUUGGCCGAUCCUGCUGUGGCACAGGCCUACUAUGCGCAAGUCGAUGGCGCCGUAGAUGACCAACAGCAAGGUGGCUUUACGUUUCCUUGUAGUGCACAACUGCCCGAUCUCCAGCUGGAUGUGGGUGGCACCAUGGCUACCGUCAAGGGCACCGACAUCAACUUUGCUCAAGUCGAUGAUCAGACUUGUUUCGGUGGUCUACAAGCUACGACGGCAGGUCUCCAGAUCUACGGUGAUAUCUUCUUCAAGAGCAACUUUGUCGCCUUUAACGGCGGAAACAACACUCUUGGAUUUGCACAGCACGUAUAG